UGGGUUCUUGAAGCCAGCGGUACUUCCUAUUUGGAACGCGAUUCCUCAUACCAGUUCUCUUAUAUAUUCAAUGGUUUUAAACGACAUAUCCACACUACUUGCUUACUUAAUUUACAGUUGUUUGUAGUAUUUUUCAUGGUUUAAAUCUUCCAUAAUAAUAAACUAAAAGCCUGCAUGGAGUUUUUAAUGUUUUGUUUGGAGGUUUUUGUUUUUGCACAGUCUAAAGAUUUCGUUUGCAGUCUUUGAUCCUUGCCGUAAAGUAUCGAAAGGACAGUGAUUCAGUUGAUUUUUUGCAAGUUUUUUUUAUUUUUCCAGACUUGACCAGUUGUGAAUAGCUAGUGGGCUGAUCAGUGUGUGUCUUUUAAAGUCAGCGAAAUGAUUGAGGAAGUGAAUCUCAGUGUGAGGUCUAGAUGAGUUCCCCUUCUCCCCAUUGUUGAGUGUAAUGUAGGCCAGUACCAGCCCAUGGUACAGUACGCCUUGUGUCUUUUGCAGCUGCAGGGAGCCUUGUAAAACAAUGAGCCAUUGCCUGUCCACAGCAGCUCCUUAGGAUCAGCCCUCAGUUCAAGUUGAACUGUUAUUACUCUGUGAAGCUAUUCAUCACUGUGUGCAAGCAGCGGACAGAGGACUGAGCAGCCUUGUGAUAUGUGGUCCGUAUAUGUAGACGAAAGAUGAUGAAUCCAUAAUGGAGUUUGGUGUUGAUGAGGGAAGCAGAGCCAAUAGGAAAGUUGUUGUUGGUCAUCGACCCUGUCCAAGCAAUGAGGAGAUCAUCCCACCAAAGUUCUGUGACAACAGGAUCGUGUCUUCCAAGUAUACAGUCUGGAACUUCUUACCAAAGAACCUGUUUGAACAGUUUAGAAGAAUUGCCAAUUUCUACUUCCUUAUCAUCUUCCUGGUGCAGGUGAUAGUGGACACCCCCACCAGCCCAGUCACCAGUGGCCUACCUUUAUUUUUUGUGAUUACAGUAACUGCUAUCAAGCAGGGAUAUGAAGACUGGCUGCGGCACAAGGCUGACAAUGAGGUGAAUAAGUAUAAAGUGACAGUGCUAGAGGACGGCAAGGCGAUACAAAGCGAGAGUGAGAAGAUCAAGGUGGGAGACAUUGUAAAGGUAGAAGAAAACGAGACCUUUCCCUGUGAUUUAAUACUCCUGCAAUCUCAUCGAGAUGACGGCACGUGUUUUGUGACCACAGCAAGUCUGGAUGGAGAGUCCAACCAUAAAACUCAUUACACAGUGCCAAACAUUGGGAGUGAUCUGGAAUCUCUCACUGCCACCAUUGAGUGUGAACAGCCACAGUCUGACCUUUACAAGUUUGUGGGCCGCAUGGACAUCUACAAAGACAGCCAGGAGCCCAUAUUCAGGUCUUUAGGUCCGGAAAACCUUCUGCUGAAAGGAGCGACUUUAAAGAACACAAAAGUGAUAUAUGGCGUUGCGGUUUACACUGGCAUGGAGACAAAAAUGGCUCUCAACUAUCAGGGCAAAUCUCAGAAACGAUCUGCUGUGGAGAAGUCCAUCAAUGCCUUCCUUCUAAUCUACCUUUUCAUAUUGGUGAGCAAGGCCCUUGUGUGCACUACGCUGAAGUAUGUGUGGCAGAGCAAGCCGGGACAGGAUGAGCCAUGGUACAACGAGAAAACCCAAAGAGAGAAGGACACCAAUCUGUACCUAAAAAUGUUCACCGACUUCCUGUCCUUCAUGGUGCUCUUCAACUUUAUCAUUCCGGUGUCCAUGUACGUCACAGUUGAGAUGCAGAAGUUUUUGGGAUCCUUUUUCAUCGCAUGGGACAAAGAUUUCUUCGACCCUGAAAUCAAAGAGGGGGCACUGGUCAACACUUCAGACCUGAACGAAGAGCUGGGACAGGUGGAGUAUGUCUUCACAGACAAGACAGGGACGCUCACUCAGAACAACAUGGAGUUCAUAGAAUGCUGCAUCGACGGUUUUCAGUACAAGCACCGGGAUGCUCGCGAUGAGCUGGACGGGUUCUGUGACACAGAUGGACCUGUGAACAAAGUGCAGCAGAAAGCUGGCAGGGAGAAGGAGGAGCUUUUUCUGCGUGCCCUGUGUCUGUGCCACACAGUCCAGGUGAAGGAGUCAGCGGAGCAGGAUGGACUGACGGACCAGGUGGAUGGUUCAAUACUGGAUGAAACUCCAUCACCAGAGGAGAGGGGUUUUAUAGCUUCCUCGCCGGAUGAGAUUGCUCUCGUCAAAGGUGCCAUGAGGUAUGGCUUCACAUUUUUGGGGCUUGAAAGUAAAACACUGAAAAUCCUCAACAGGAGUAAAGAAGUGGAAAUGUACGAACUGCUUCACGUGCUCAACUUUGAUCCAGUAAGGAGGCGAAUGAGUGUAAUAGUUAGAAAUGGAUCAGGUGAGCCUAAAAUUGAUGUUUUCUACUUUUUUUUGUUGUUUUUUUUCUCUGUCUGUGACUUUUUGUUUUAUUUUUCAGGUGAAACAGUUCUUUACUGCAAGGGAGCAGAUUCAUCCAUCUUCCCUCGAGUCAAGCGGGAGGAGGUUGAAAGGAUACGCUUGCAUGUGGAGCGGAAUGCAACAGAGGGGUAUCGCACACUGUGUGUCGCCUACAAACGUCUAAGCCCAGAGGAGUAUGCCCAGGUGGACGAAGACCUGAAGGAAGCUAGACUGGCUCUGCAGGACAGAGAGGAGAAGCUUACGGCUGUUUACAACCAAGUGGAGACAGAAAUGGACCUGAUUGGAGCUACUGCUGUAGAAGAUCGGCUCCAAGAGGAGGCAGCUGAGACGAUGGAAGCUCUGCAGGGAGCAGGAAUAAAAGUUUGGGUCCUGACUGGGGACAAGAUGGAGACGGCCAAGUCCACUUGCUAUGCUUGUAGGUUGUUCCAGAGGAACACGGAGCUGUUGGAGCUAACUUUGCGAACCCUGGAGGCUAGAGGGCGAAGUCGCGAGGAGCGACUCCAUGAGCUGUUGCUGGAGUAUCACAAGAAAGCCGUACAGGAUGCACCACCAGUAAAAGCAGGCAUCACCAGGAGUUGGUCUGGGGCCAACCACGAUUAUGGCUUCAUCAUAGAUGGAGCUUCUUUAUCUCUGAUGCUCAGCUCGUCGUCUGAAUCCAAACCCAGUCUCUACGAGAGCCUAUUCCUGCAGAUCUGUCAGAAUUGCACGGCUGUGCUCUGCUGCCGCAUGGCUCCCCUUCAGAAAGCUCAGAUUGUUAAAAUGGUGAAGAACUCUAAAGGAAGCCCAAUCACUCUCUCCAUUGGAGAUGGAGCCAAUGAUGUCAGCAUGAUUUUGGAGGCUCACGUUGGGAUUGGUAUCAAGGGGAAGGAAGGUCGACAGGCGGUGAGAAACAGCGACUACGCCAUCCCCAAACUCAAACACCUCAAAAAGCUCCUGUUGGCUCAUGGACAUCUCUACUAUGUCCGUAUAGCUCACCUAGUGCAGUAUUUCUUCUACAAGAAUCUCUGCUUCAUCCUUCCACAGUUUUUAUACCAGUUCUUCUGUGGGUAUUCUCAACAACCCCUGUAUGAUGCGGCCUAUCUGACCAUGUACAACAUCUGCUUCACCUCUAUGCCCAUCCUGGCUUACAGCCUGCUGGAGCAGCACAUUGGCAUUGAGGAUCUUCUGGAUAAUGCCACCCUCUACAGAGAUGUUGCAAAGAACGCCAUGCUGCAGUGGUUGCCGUUCCUGUACUGGACCUUACUUGGAGUCUUCCAGGGCUUGCUGUUCUUCUUUGGUGUUCGGUAUUUGUUCAGCAACCCAGCCCUGCAGGAUAAUGGCCAGGUCUUUGGGAACUGGUCGUACGGGACUAUUGUGUUCACGGUUCUUGUGUUCACUGUAACUCUAAAGCUGGCUAUGGACACUCGACACUGGACUUGGAUCAACCACUUUGUAAUCUGGGGCUCCUUAGCUUUCUACGUGUUUUUCAGCUUCUUUUGGGGAGGAAUCAUAUGGCCUUUCAUCAGACAUCAGCGGUUGUACUUUGUGUUUGCCAACAUGCUGGGCUCCGUGUCAGCCUGGCUGGUCAUCAUCUUGCUCAUCCUGCUCAGCCUACUGCCAGAGAUUCUGCUUGCAGUGUUCCGCAAAAACCACGGAUCCCACGCUCGUCAGAAGAAGCUGGUUGAGUCGAGCGGCGGGGGCCUCGAGUUUCCUGGGUCUUCAGCCAGGCCCCUGCUCAUGAGAACCUUUUCUGAUGAGUCCCAUACUGUCACUUAAACAGCUGUCAGUGGCUGGCCUCCAACAAUUAUCCAGACAUCAACGGUUACACCGCUUACCUACAAGCACCUAAGUGAGCAUGACCGCCAGUCUGGACCCAACGGGCAACAUUAAAGUGGUUCAGGCCUCAGCUCUUCUGACAGUGGGGCUGAAGUGGACACACAACAGCAGAAAACUCCAAUGCUUUCAUGGAGGAGGUCUAAAUCCAGUCCACCCAUCUGUGCCCCACGCCCCUCCUCAAGCAUGCCUGCAGGGCAGUGCCGUGUUAUUUUAAAUGGCAAAAAUGACAGGCAUGAGUUUUCUUCAUUUGAAUAUUGGCCUCCAGAUGAAUGCGUACGGCGUGUUGGCUGCCUUCUCAGUAGCUCUCAACAACAGUUUCAACAGGCCGGUAUGUUUCACUUCAGGAGCGGCUGAUCUGCAUGAAGGAAGGAUCACAAAAUCACCUCACUCUUUGCUUUCUUCAAGCUUUUAUUUUCCUAUCUAUGACUAUAUUUAAGAAGUUAUUCUGCUUUUCAUUUUUUUUAAAUAUUUAUUUUAGAGAAGAAAUCAUCCACAGAUUUGAAUCAUCCGAGAUGAAUAUAGCUGAUUGGGAUGUCAGUCCUGCUCAAAGCAGACGGAUGAGGUUUAUAGAUGUUUAUCAUUCUUAAUGUUUUAUGAAGGUGCAAUCUAUAGUUAGCUAAGAGAGGUUAUUGAAGGCCAGGAAACCAGAAAAUCCCUAAAAAAGAGAAGUAUUUGUGUAAGAGUGAGCGAGUCUGCAAGCUUAUUCCAAGAAUGAGCCAAUUCUUCCAAUCUCAGAGUCAAAUGAAUGAAUAUAUGUGCUGUGUUGUACGUAAAUUAGAUGUAUAUUAGUAUCGGAGUAAAGCCAAAAAUAGAAAACGAAUACAGUGCAAUCGGAGUGCGUCCACACCAGUGUGUUGCUGAUGCUGCGGGUGAAAACAGACGUGUGGGGAAGCAGAAUUACUUGAACUUGUUGACAGAGUAUAGACAGAAUCUGCACCAUCAAAGAUUUCUUUGUUGUUGCCAUGAUUAGAAAAUCACUUUCAUAUUUGCUUGAAACCACAUUAGAGCAUAAAAAAGGUCACACAAAAAUCAGACCAUUCCCACUGUCCACAUCUGCACACAUCUGCACCAACCCCCAUUUUAAUGCUCAUUAUUUUAUACGCUCGUGAUGACAUUUUAAGUAAACCACUUUUAGAUUUGCAGGAGCAGCUUUGCUGAAACCACUGUGAAUCUCCAAUAGAAUGACUGGACUGUUUGGCACUUUUGGUUCCUUUACGUAGUCCUUCAUACAUUCCAUUUAAAUUCUUCUGAAUACAGCUUUGAAAUACUUAUUUUUUUUCCUCAGACAUUUUCUGUUGAGCUUAUAUUUAAACUAUUUUUACUCUCACGUGUUACAUUUUUAUUGUUGUAUUUUUUUGGUCCUGUGAAGAACGUAGAGCUUUUUGCAUUCUGGGCUGGCCUGCUGCUCCAGACGUGAGCCUCAGCCAACAGUUUAGUUGUUGACAAAGACAGGCAGCCCAUUUUUGCAGCACAUUCCCAGCGUCAAAGAUCAACUUCAGGAACCAGUUCAUGUUCUCAUUUAAACAGGAUGUUCCAGAUCAUAAUGUUACUCAUUCUUCGUGUUUGUGUCUUGAGCUGUUACACAUUCUGGCUGUUACCACUUCAUUGUUACAAAAACUCACUUUGUUUGUUUUUUUAUUUUUUAACUGCAUGUGUCCUAUCGAGGUAAUUUAGGUGUAAAAUGUAUUAAAAAUGUUUGUCUUCAUAAUUUUCUGUCAAGCCAAAUUCUUGUCUGAGGCAGUUUUUCCUCUCUGCACUGUAACGGAGAUACUGCAGGUCAAAGGUCACGCGGACAGAGGCUGCCUGCUUUGUUACGAACCUUUAAGUGAUAUCAGAAAUGCUAUUUUCAGAGCUUAAAAAUAUGUUUAAAUCUAAUGUUUUGCUUGUCCUAAUGACGCGUUAUAACGAAUGCAUUGUAUUUUUAAUGCUACAUUUUUCCAGCCACUUUUGUAAUAAAACAAAAUAAAGCAAAAAAUGAAUAACAGCAAGAGGCUCACUGGUCGUGGGGCUGUCUUUACCUUCAGGCAUCCCACAAAGGGGACAUUUUGCUCCCUGACUCCCUCUGAUCUUUUGAGUCUCCAGCUUCAACACUCCAAACCUCCAAGCUGAAUGUACUUCUUUAAGACAAAUGUAUUCAAACAUGAACGUUUUCUGUAAUAAAGCAGAAUGUUUUGAAGAAAAAAAA